AUGUUCGCAAUAGUCUUUCUCUAUCUCACACUUUCAACUUUAGGAGCAGAACCUUGUUAUUCUAAAGAUAAGGAUAAGAAAUGCAUUAAAGACGGAACAACAACAAAAUGUAAUGCGGUGGUUACUCUAUCGGCUGCUGAUGCAAUGCCACUCUGUGAAAAUGCUUUUAAGGACAACACUUAUAUCACCAGUUUUGUCUAUGAAGGAACUGAUAAAUUGGAUAUUGGGACAAAUGCAUUUAAAGGAGCAACCAAAUUGUCAGCAUUCACUACAAAAAAUGGAAUUAAAACGAUUGGAGCCAGUGCAUUUGAAGGAGCUGCUGCUUUGACAAAAAUUGAUAUAAGUGGAGCAACUGAAAUACCAGCAAACACCUUUAAGAAUUGUGCAUUGUUGGAAACUCUCACUGGUACUGAGGCUGUUACUUCUGUCCAGGCAGCCGCCUUUUCUGGUUGUGUUAAACUCACUUCAGUUAACUUCUAUGCUCCUUUGACUUCAUUGCUUGACCCAUUGACAGACCAAAAAAAUCUCUUCUUCCAUGGGACAGUCCAACCAACAACUCUUCCAACCAAAGAAUCUCCAAUUAAUCCAAAAUUGAAAGUCUAUGUUCAAGAUUCUUAUACUUCUACUACUUUUGGAACUCUUGUUGUAUUAAAAGAACAUUGCAGCACUCUUCAAUGUGUUGAUAUAACUCCAACAACACCUGUAGUCCCUCCAGUCAGUGGGAAAAUGGCAAAUGAAUUAAAAUGUAAAGAAUGUGAUGUUACUACAAUGAGCGUAGAUGGUAAUAACUAUUAUUGUGAAAUUGAUAUGAGUGAGUGUAUUAAAACUCAUGACAAUUGCAGAAUUUGCCUUAAUAAUAAAUGCACCAAAUGCGGUUCCACUGUUCCAUUUUUAGAAAAUGAUAAAUGUGUUAGCCAGUGUACUGAUGGUUAUUACAAAGACACAACCAACUCCGUUUGUGAAAAAUGUGAUACUGGUUGUAAAGCAUGUACUGAAAAGGGAAAAUGUACAAGCUGCCCAGAAGGUCACUUGUUGCUUGAUGAUACUAAAAAAUGUACCACUGAUGCCAAUUGUCCAGCUGGAUAUUAUAAAGAUAACACAAACUGUAUGAAAUGUUCUAUUACAGAUUGUGGUGAAUGUACUUCAAAGACUGUUUGUACCAAGUGCACAAAAGGAAAUUUGAUUAAAGGUGGUUCUAAAUGUGAAGCCAAUUGCCCAGAUAAAUUCUACCCUGUUAACAAUGUUUGCACCGACUGUGAUACAACUUGCAAAAAAUGUACCGAAGCUGGAAAGUGCACAGAAUGCCCAGAUAACACAUUUUUAAUUGAAGACACCAAAAAGUGUACCACCAACUCUGAAUGCCCAUCUGGAUACACAAAGGAUACUGCAAACAAAAAGUGCUUCAGAUGUGAUGUUUCAUGUAAAACAUGCAAAGAUUCAAAUACAUGUGAAACAUGUGCCGAAAAUUAUUUGUUUGUUGAAUACACAAAGAAGUGUGUGAAGGAUAAAUGCCCAGAAAACUACUUCCCCGUGGAUAAGACAUGCAAAGCCUGUAUGUCUGGUUGCAAAACUUGCACUAAAGCCAACGACUGCUCUGCUUGUAUAACUGGAAAACUGUUUGAGGAAGGAACAAUGAAAUGCGUCGACAAUUGUGAACUUGGAUUUUUCAAAAAGAACGACACCAAUUGUGACAAAUGCUCAGAAAACUGCGAGAAGUGCUCUGUCCUUGAAAUUUGCGACAAGUGUGUUGAUGGCGCUUUGAUGAGUGAAAAGAAGUGUGUUAACAUGUGCCCAGAAGGAACGUUUGAAAAAACUGGAGUCUGUGAGAAAUGCAAAGACAAGAGUGAGUACAAGACUCCAUGCACAGAUAAAGAGUGUGAAAUGUGCACUGCUUCGGGCGCUUUUGCGACAUUAAUUAUGUUUGCGGUUGCACUCUUUGUGAUGUUCUAA